CAAAGAGGUGACGAAACCAGACCCCAUUGUUUAAUCAAUCGAAUUUCCCCGACCUUCGUUCAUCUCGAACUUUCGCACCCACAUUUCCUAGAUUCAAACCCUUACCUGCUCAUUCACUCAACGACACGAUGCACGAUUAACCUUACAAUUUACCAAUUUUUGUUUCGCACAACACAAAACCGAAUUUGCACAACUUACAUCAUCGGAUUUAUCCUCAGUGCAUACAGCAAAAUGAUGAGGCUACAGACAUACGCGGGACUUAGUGUGAUCGCCACACUUGCUGUUAUCUAUCACGCCUUUAGUAGUAGAGGGCAGUUCUACCCAGCAACAGUUUACUUAUCUACCUCCAAAGUCUGUUUAGUGCUGCUUCUCAACAUGGGUUUGGUGAUCAUGUGCAUCAUGUGGCAGCUCACAAAGCUAGUAUUUCUCGGCUCUCUUAGAGAAGCAGAGGUCGAGAGACUGAACGAGCAAUCAUGGCGAGAAGUUAUGGAAAUUCUUUUUGCCAUAACUAUAUUCCGGCAGGAUUUUUCUGUUACGUUUCUUGCCAUGGUUACCGCUCUUUUACUCGUCAAAUCUUUGCAUUGGUUGGCUCAAAAGAGAGUUGAGUACAUUGAAACGACUCCAACUGUAUCGAAGCUGUCUCAUGUUCGGAUUGUUUCUUUCAUGGGAUUCCUUCUCCUUGUUGACUGUCUUUUUUUGUAUAACUCGGUAAAGCACUUGAUACAAACGCGCCAAGCUUCCGUUUCUCUUUUCUUUUCAUUCGAGUACAUGAUAUUGGCUACGACAACAAUCUCAACUUUUGUCAAAUACGUUUUCUAUGUGAGUGACAUGCUUAUGGAAGGACAAUGGGAAAGAAAAGCAGUGUACACAUUCUAUUUGGAGCUGAUUCGUGACUUGCUGCACUUAUCUAUGUAUCUGUGCUUUUUCCUAGUAAUCUUUGUGAACUAUGGUGUGCCUCUGCACUUGAUUCGGGAACUGUAUGAGACAUUUAGAAACUUCAAGUUGCGAAUUGCUGAUUACAUCCGUUACCGGAAUAUCACAUCAAAUAUGAAUGACCGGUUUCCCGAUGCAACACCUGAAGAGUUGAACGCAAGUGACGCAACCUGCAUUAUCUGUAGAGAGGAAAUGACGACUGCGAAAAGAUUAGUCUGCGGGCAUCUUUUCCAUGUGCACUGCCUCAGAUCAUGGUUAGAGAGACAACAUACAUGUCCUACUUGCAGGGCACUUGUUAUACCAAAUGAAGGUGGGACCGUCACAACACGCUCCCGAGCUGGAGCUCAUCGUCAAGGAGCAAAUUCGGAAAACGCAUCUUCUCAAGAUCAAAACGGUGACGCUCCAGGAGACGGGAAUAUUAGCAGACAUCAAAAGAGAGUCCAAGCUGCCGCUGCAGCAGCUGCUAUAUAUCAGAAAUCUUUUGUUUACCCUUCUCCAACUGCGCUAACGUGGUCUUCUGGAUAUGCUGUGCUUCCCAACAAAUCUACGCCUGGAGUCAGCGUUAAUAAUGGCGAACAUGACAAUUCGGUUCUGAACAAUCAUGCAAACUUUCCGUCUUUCCAGUUCCCACAAACUGGUUUCAUACCAAUCCAGCAGCAGAUUGAGAAAUCGGCGACAGAGAAAAAGUUGGUUGGAGAAAGUAGCAGCAGCGGCAGUAGGGAGGAUCUGCCUAUUAGUACUGAUGGAAAAGGGAAGGCGGUGGUUUCAUCAUCAUCUUUGUCGGAUUCAGGCGUUGACCAAAGUCAAAAUGGGCCAUAACUAAUAUGAUGCUAGUAUUUCAUAGUUGUAUAUGUGGUUGGUGUAUCUGUGGAUAUCAUAUAGAGGGACAACAGUGUUGCAUUAUCAUAUUUCUUUUUCUUGAAUACACCAAAUGAAUUUGCAGAAGACAUGAUAAUGCAUACUAUUUUAUUCUUAAGUU